GUCACACCAGGCUGUAACUUUCACUUUUGAUUUGGAGCUGUUUGCCGCACAACAGGGGCACUUUGUUUUUUCUGACUUCGACAGAAAAGAGGCAGUGCAGCCACAGCUGGCUGAUUUUUGGAUCGUAGCUACUAAGUGAAGUUUUCAUAUCUGUUUCUUUUCUGUCAAUCAGAUCAUGGCUGAGGUCUUCGGCAGUCGAUCGCUAAAUGAUAAGAAGGAAGGAGGCCUGGAUAAAGACGGUGAACUAAAGGAGGCCAGGCGAGAGUUGGAGGAAUGGAAGGCUAGAUUCGAAAAAGCGGAUGAUGUGAAAGCCAGGCUGAUACUGGAAAAGCUGACGGAAGAUGAUGCCAAGACAAAUGCACAGCAGGAGAUGAACGCUUGUGUCAAAAACCAACAGAAGAUCCAGGAUGAAUUUAAUGAAAGCAUGAGAACAGUUCAGGAUGAAAUCCAGAAGCUGACUAGAUACAAUCAAGAUUUGCUGGAGAAACUGAAGAGAUGUCAGGAUGAACUGGAGGCUAAGAAGACAGAGUCCCGCAAGUUAAAGCAGAAAUUCAAGAUCUACGCCCAGAUCCCAGACACAGAGGUGAAAUUUAUUUCUCCGAAUAAAGAGACAAGGGAAGAGGGUGACGAGGACAGUCAGCCAAUCAGAGGAGUGUUUACCAUCAGCCAGAGAGCUGCUGUGCUUCUGCAGGGAGGACAGGCUCUCAUCACCUUUGAGGAGGAGAAAGUGGCUCGCCAGAUCCUGAAAAUUGCCAAGUGCUCUGUGUCCUGUGAGAACAGCAGUUUGGACGUGAAGCCGAGAAGAAUCACCAUGGAUCCUGCUGUGAAGUUUGAGGUCCACCUUGACGUUUCCAGAAAGGAGCUGAAAGUUUCCAACGUCCCUGAUGUCAUGCCAGAAGAGAGAAUGAAAGACCGACUGGAAAUUAGUUUUUCCAGGCCCAGUAGAGGAGGAGGAGAGGUGGAGAAAGUGGAGUAUGACAAGAACACUGGGACUGGGUGUGUCACAUUUCUCCAACCUGGAGUUACUGAGAGCCUUGUCCUGAGGGGAAGGUACGACGUCGAGCUGGACACUGAGGUGAAGGUGAAGGUUGGACCUAUUUACGAAUACCAGCUGCGCAGAUUUCAGACCUUUUGCGGCUGUCCGAAGCGAACCAUCCUCCUGGAUGACAUUCAGGACAUGGUUGAUGAGGAAGACCUCCAGGACCAUCUGGAAAUCCAUUUUCAGAAGCCCAGCAACAGUGGUGGUGAAAUAGAGAGCAUCAAGUACAUCGCUAAACCGAAAGUCCUGCAGGCCUUUCUCUGUGAGAGCACAGAGGAGAAGGACGACAGUCUGUGAACCACCAUGAACUGUCCAUAUAGGACAUGUAAGACAAGCUCCACCUGUAUUAAAGUAUAUUUCUAAUCAUUUCCAAACGUCUUGCUCAACCUGAAGUGAUACAUUGUAGAGAUUUCAUUUAUUUGCUCUCCUGCUGGGUUAAUCGGGACGAUACUUUAUCUCUGUGCAUUUAAUACAUUUGAUUACAAUCUUCCAUGUGGUAAAGUUGGGGGUGUUUGAGUUAUGUUAAAAGAUAAAUCCAAGAAAUUCUGAAUAUCACUUGAAAAAGAACCUGUGUGAUAUUUUAUGCAGUCAGUCAGUAAAAUUAAUGACAACCUACACAAAGACAGUACUGCUUAUAAGAACAUGUAAACACUGGGAUGGGUAGUAGGCUGAUAGUAGGCUGAAAGCCUCACAUCUCAUUAUCUAAUCACUUAUUUUAGUCAGAGAAUUGUAUUUCCUUUAGUUAAUGUAACUAACUGUAAAUCUGGGAUGUCAGAAGACAAACGUGUAAUGUGCUGGAUGACAUGAUAUUUUCUGUUGGUAAAUUACCACUUGAGAGGUGAGAACUGCAGUUUUAUUACAGCUAUCUCUGAGCUAGUUGCUUGCCCUUUUUAGCUCUAUAAACCUGCAAAGGAAGCUUUCAGACACACUGUCAUCCUGUGUAAAAAGAAAAUCCUCGCAAUUUGAACUAGUGCCUCAACUGUCUUCUAUGCUGUACUUAAUAAAGUUAAUGAAUCCUGAAACAGUAA